AUGGCACCAGUGUAUGUUAGGGGUGGAGUGUGGACAAACGUGGAGGAUGAAAUCCUCAAAGCAGCUAUUGCCAAGUAUGGACUCAACCAAUGGUCAAGAGUCUCAUCUUUGCUACCCAAAAAAUCAGCCAAGCAGUGCAAGCAAAGAUGGAAAGAAUGGCUAGAUCCAAGAAUAAAGAAAUUAGACUGGGAUAGGAGUGAAGAUGAGAAACUUUUGCGGUUGAUAAAGCUUAGACCGAACCAGUGGAAUUCUAUUGGGAUAAUGAUGAACAGAACUGUGAACCAGUGCAUCGAGAGAUAUCAGCAGCUUCUUGGCGAGUCUUUGGAAACAGAGGCAAGUGCAAAUGGAAUAGGCGAAGAUAGUUUGAAAUUGGUGGGGAAUUCAGUGAAUACAAACGAUCAGGGACAAAUUGAAGGUGUGGACACUCUUAAUUUGAAUGCAGAAAGCAAACCGGCCAGACCAGAUUCAGAGGAGAUGGAUGUUGAUGAGAAGGAAAUGCUCAGCGAAGCCAAAGCAAGGCUUGCAAACACAGAAGGCAAAAAGGCCAAGCGUAAGGCUCGGGAAAGAAUGUUGGAUGAAAGUAAUCGAAUCGCAAUGUUGCAACGACGCAGGGAAUUAAAGCAAGCCGGAAUCAACUCAAAGAUCACGCACAAGAAAAAGUUCGAUACCGAGAUGGAUUACAACGCGGAUAUUGCGUUUGAAAGGCAGCCUAAGGCAGGAAGAUUUGAUACUAGUGAAGAGGACAGUCGGAACAUUCACGAUAAGGACAGAUUUGGGAGGAGGGUCGAAGAUGAGAAUAUCGUCACGGAGGAGUUAAAAAGUCAGCGAAAAAAGGAAAGAAAGCGGGCCAAAGUAGGCAGACAAGCAAAAAGUACAGCCAGCUACAGCAACGGUGAACAGCUAUACGGAAAUAAUGAUGAUGCCGAAGAAGUGAAGACACGGUCGAAACUUCAGCUUUCAACACCUAGUGAGGAGGCUGAAUACGAAGCUGAUGAGACUGGCAGAGAGAGUACAGUUGAGAUGAGAUUAUUAAGUGCUACCAGAGAAAUUGAGGGAAGAAAACACGAGCGAUCGGUAUUAUUUGAAGCCAGAGGUCGGAAAAGAGACAUAGAGACAGAUGAGAGUGGAGUGGAAGAGGAAGAAAAACCCGCUCCUAAGAAAAUCCGGCGCCAUAAUGCAGAGCAUUACAGGAAGAAGAAGGAGAAGCAACUGAAGAAGGAGUUGGCUAAAAAGUUGAUGCAGCUCCCUAAGCCUAUUCAUAACAGUGAGCACUUGCUUGAAGGCUUUACAGGCACUUCAAUUGAGGAGCAGGGACAGGAUACUGAAGAUGUUAGCGAGGAAAAUGCUGAGCAACCUAUGGAGGAUGGUGAGAUAUUUGAUAAAGAAACACAUUCCAGCAGAUUGGGACUACCCAUACCACAUAUAAAGAAUAGUGAAUUGAAGAUUGCAAACAGGAGCAGUGAUGUGGAGAAACUAAUAAUGCAGGAAAUGAAGCAGCUAAUAGAAAAAGAUUACGAUGAACACGUUUUGAAAAAAGCGAGAACGAAGAAUGACGAGAGUAUAACUGAUAAGAUAUGGAGAGAGGCUAGAAUAGAGGUGGAAAGGAAAAUUAAAGAAGAAACUGGGGAAAUGGAUUCGAACAAACUCAAGGAAUGCAGCCGACUGAUUGCCGAGAAAAGCGCGAAACAGACGCAUAUUGAGGCAAGAGUGUUAUUGCAGCUUGUGAAAUCAGAGUCUGAGAUAUCUACGGCAUUGGAGAAGAAUUUUGGACAGGUGGUAAAUGCUUUCGCAGACCAGGAGCAACAGAUCAAAGAUCGGGUGUCGGAAAAACUACAAGAAUUGCAGAAACUCAAGGAUGAAUCAGAGGUGAAUGACAUUUUGGCAGAUGAAGAACGGAAAGCCAUUGAAUUGAGGUCUCAAAGAUUACAGCAAGGCAUAGAUGAAAUGAAUUUAGUGAUUAGUAAGUCCAAGGAGCGGCUCACAUUCUAG